CCACCUCCCUCGCCCCGCCCCUCGCAUGGGGGGGGGUCCUUGUCCCGCCUGUCUGGCCCCCCAAGGGCCCUGCGAGGGAGGCCGGGUGAGAGGGAGCGGGAUUCGAACCCAGGUCCCUGUCAGGGCCCUGAGAGCUCUGCGCGGCCAUGGGGCUGCUCUCGGACCCCUACCGCCGGCGGGCCCUCUCCCGCCUCCUGCUGCGCCUCAACACCCCGCUCUGCAUCAUCAGCUUCCUGGUGGGGCUGGGCUGGUUCCUGGGCUUGGCCUUCCACCCUUUCACGCUGCGCAUCUACAUGUCGGAGAACGCCAUGGGCUCCACCAUGGUGGAGGAGCACUUCGUCCACGGGGAGCGCGCCCUCUCCUACGCCCGGGAGUUUGCCGGCCACAAGAAGAAGGCGGGGGGCAUGCCGGUGGCCUGGCUGGAGAAGACCAUGUGGAACCUGGGCCUGGAGGUGUACAAGCAGUCCUUCUCCCGCACACUGCCUUUCCCCGACGAGAUGCGAGAGAGAUACAUGGUCAAGGGCACCAACGUCUAUGGGAUCCUGCGGGCUCCCCGGGCAGCCAGUACGGAGUCCUUGGUGCUGAGCGUCCCCUGCAGUGAGGGGCAGCAGAACAACCAGGCUGUGGGGCUGAUGCUGGCGCUGGCCUCCCACUUCCGAGGUCAGAUCUAUUGGGCCAAAGACAUCAUCUUCCUGGUGAACGAGCACGACCUGAUUGGGAUGGAGGCCUGGCUGGAGGCUUAUCAUGACGUCAACGUCACAGAGGUGCACUCGUCAGGGAUGUUGGGUCGGGCAGGAGCCAUCCAGGCCGCCAUUUCCCUGGAGCUGAGCAGCGACAUCAUCACCAGCUUUGACGUGGCCGUGGAGGGGCUGAACGGGCAGCUGCCCAACCUGGACCUCGUCAACCUCUUCUACUCCUUCUGCCAGAAGAACGGGCUGCUCUGCACCAUUCAGGGCAAGCUGCAGCGGACCGACUGGGACUCCCUGCCGGCCUUCGUCCACUCUCUGCAGACGAUGCUUCUGAUGGUGCUCAAGCAGGGCUCCGGCCGGCCGCAGGGAGACCACGGGCUCUUCCUGCGCUACCACAUUGAGGCCAUCACCCUGCGCGGCAUCAACAGCUUCCGCCAGUACAAGUUUGACAUGGGCAUGGUUGGCACGACCCUGGAGGGAAUGUUCCGGAAGCUGAACAACCUGCUGGAGCGCCUCCACCAGUCGUACUUCUUCUACCUGCUCCCGUCUCUCUCCCGCUUCGUCUCCAUCGGGCUCUACAUGCCGGCCUUCGGGUUCCUCAUCCUCAUCCUGGUCCUCAAGGCCCUGGACCUGUGGAUGAAGCUGAGCCGCUACGACGUGGACCCAGAUGACCGGCUCUGCGACGGAGACCAAGGUCCUAGUCUUGUUGCUCUGGAGGAUCCCAAGCCCAGCCUGCUGACGCUGGUGCCCCCGCUGCUGAUCUGCCAUGCCACGGGGCUCGCCCUCUACUUCGUGCCCAUCCUGGGGCAGCAGGUGGCCACGCAGCACUUCCCCGUCUCGGAGUCGGAGGCUGUGGUGCUGACGGUCAUUGCCAUCUACGUGGCGGGGCUGGCGUUGCCCCACAACACGCACAGGGUCCUGACGGGCUCGGGAAGCGACCGUGGCUGGAUGACGCUGAAGCUGGUCUCGCUCCUCUACCUGGCCAUGCAGCUGGGCUGCAUCGCCCUCAUCAACUUCUCCCUGGGCUUCCUGCUGGCCGUCACCAUGGUGCCUGUCGCUGCCCUUGUCCAGCCUACGGGGCCCAAGUACCUCUACGCUGCGCUGCUGGUCCUGGUCACGCCAGCGGCCACACUUCUCUUCUGCAUCUUCCUGUACCAGGAGCUCAUUGAGUACCCCAUCUCCCUGCUGGAGGGCUGGCAGCGCUUCUUGCAGGCGAUUGCUGAAGGGCUGUUGGACCACCACCUCUACGGCUCCAUCGUCUUCCCCUUCAUCGCCAUCUUCGUCUACCCCUGCUGGCUUCUGCUCUGGAAUGUGCUUUUCUGGAAGUAGCCCCCUGACGCCGCCCCUGUGCUUGAACUGGCCUGCCCCAAUCCACUUUGGACGGGACUUCCCUGGGGCAGCCAGGGGAGAUUUCCCUUCCAUCCUGCUGGGUGCCACUGUGAUUUCAGAAAUGUGAAACUCGGGGGCAGGCGGGUGAGGCCUCCUGAAGCCAUCAGCUGGACUCUGUAGGGGAUGCCUGCUUGGGGAAUAUCCUGGUCUUGUGGGAUUUGACGUCUGCGGCAGCUGCAGCCACGGUUCAUAGUUCUGGGUGUGGGGCGGGCUGGGCAGCUGCUCAGAGCUUGCAGGAGAGGGGGAGCUUGGGCUGGGGUAACCGGAUCCUGGUUCUUUUGUGGUGGUCCUGCUUUAAGUCAUGAUUGUGACUCUCAGGGGCAGGGGGCCAGCCUGGGGUGUGGCUGGUCCUUUUCUCGGUGGCUUCAGCUUGCACGUGGACCACGUGGGGCCAACAACCAGCUCUGGUGUUAGCAAUGCGAGAUGAUACUGGGGGGGGGGGAGUGGCUGUGUACAAUCUUUAAAUAAAAAUAAAGACAAAAGGUUUUGAUACAG